CUGUUACAUCUCUUAACUUAUUUCUCAACAAUUUUCUUCUAUUCGUUUACUCUUUUUUUUUUCAGAAAAUUAAAAGAAAAAGUUUAAAUCUUUGAUUGGAAUUUCACUCCUCGGUUGAAAUUUUUGAGCAGAUAAUCGGUUAUGGAUUCCUUCUUCAGCAAAGGCGGCUUCAAAGCUUCUAAAUGCAAAACCUUGCUAAAGUUGUCGAUUCCACGGAUUAAGUUAUUGAGGAAUAGGAGAGAGAUCCAGAUCAAGCAAAUGCGGAGAGAUAUCGCCAAUCUUCUUGAGACUGGUCAAGAAGCUACUGCCAGAAUUCGGGUGGAGCAUAUUAUAAGAGAAGAGAAAAUGAUGGCUGCUCAAGAGAUCAUUGAGCUGUUCUGCGAGCUUAUAGUUGUUCGUCUACCUAUAAUCGAAGCUCAAAGGGAAUGUCCUAUAGAUUUGAAAGAAGCUAUAUCCAGUUUAUGUUUUGCAGCACCAAGAUGUGCUGAUUUACAAGAGUUGCUACAGGUUCAAAUGCUGUUUGCUGCCAAAUAUGGUAAAGAGUUUGUUGCUGCAGCAACAGAGCUCAGGCCAGAGUGUGGUGUCAAUCGUCAGUUAAUAGAACUUUUGUCUGUUAGAGCUCCUGCUCCUGAUGUGAAAUUGAAGCUAUUAAAGGAAAUUGCAGAAGAGCAUGAGCUUGAUUGGGAUGCAAGUGCCUCUGAAAAUGAGUUGUUGAAGCCACAUGAAGACUUACUGAAUGGACCAACUCAAUUUGUCAGUGGAUCCAAAGUUCCGCUUCCAAAAGAAAAUAUUGAAGAACCGCUGUAUGCUGCUGGUUCUGGACAAAGCUCUGGUGAACAAUCUGAUUCUGAUGCAGGGCUAGAUUCACUAGACUUUCCAGAAGUUCCGAAGCAGCCACUGAGGUCAAAUACAGGGGAUGCAUCUGCACCACAAAUGCUCCCUUUCCCUGCCUCUGCACUUUCUGAACUAGAGCAUGAAUCCUCAAGACCUACAGGGACAGAUGAAGGUCUACCAGAGGAAUUUCACUUGAAGCCUGAGAAAGUAAUAGAGCAGAGAUCAGUGACCAAAGAAUUUGAAUCAUCUCCAAGUCAUUCAUCCCAUUCACCGGAAAAACAGUUUGUGCCAUUUAUAACACCCCCAUCACAAACUUCUACACCAUUUCCUGUGAAGAAAGAUGAGCCUUCACCUUCUGUCUCAAGACCCAAAAGCGAGACCAAUAUAGAUUUGCAGGAUGUACUGGCUGCUGCUCAAGCUGCUGCCGAAACUGCUGAACGUGCUGCCACUGCUGCUCGUGCAGCUGCUAGUCUUGCUCAGGUUAGGAUAAGUGAACUUGUCAAGCAAAAGAGCGGGGUACCUGAUGGCAAUCAUGAGAAUCCAUUCCAUGCCGAAUCAGAGAAGUCCAACUUUUCAGAGAAACCUCAUUUAGAUCAUCAAAGCUCCUUAGAUGAUUCUGAUGGUGUUUUGAGGUCCCCAAGCCCACAUCACAUAGAUGAAAAUCACACUGGCCCUCGGAUCACUCCUGUCCCUUCCUCUGAUGAUAAUAAAGUGGAUUAUGAUCCCUUUCCAUCCAAUGUCCAUGUUCCGAAUCUUGGAGAAGCCAAUCACCAAUUUCAGAGGUUGCCUUCGAUGGAUGAUGACCCUUCAUACCCAAACUUGUUCACAUCCCAGACUUCACAUUUUGGAUCUCGUGCAAAUUCGUUUGCAGAUCAUUCGAGAUCCACGCACGAACCGUAAAUCGAGUGUCAUUGUGAAUUUAUGGAGUGCCAUUGUAAAUCGAGUGUCAUUCGUUUGAGUAUUUGUGAAUUUAUGGAAUUGUUCUGAUUAUUCAGUGUCAUCCGUAAAUUAGGGGCGUUGUUUGGAUUA